ACAACGGGCUUGUGGGAGGACAGAGAGGGAGGCUGUGGGCUGACGGGUGAGGAAGGGGAACGGAGCAGAUCUCCACAUUACCUCUCAGAGCUCUUCUAGUCUUGCUCCUGGAAUGAGUGGAACCGCUGCCGUCCAUCGCUGGGUUUUACUGCAAGAGGAAGUGCACGGUCUCCUGCCCUGAGGACCUGAAACCUCAGCCACCCCCCCCUCCUCCAGUCAUCUGACUGCAGGACAUCAACCUUACCGGGGACACCAUGGAGGCCCCUCUGGUGUGCUUAGACGAGGAGUUUGAGGACCUCAGGCCCUGUCAGAUGGAUGACCUGGACCAUCCGGCUCUCAGCUUCUCCUCAUACUCCACCACCACCACCACCACUGUCCCGCUGGCCUCCAUCACCCGUGAGGACUUCUCUGAGCUGGAGAACUUCUCCGAGAUGAUGAGCUUCAAGUCCAUGGAGGACCUGGUCAAUGAGUUUGACGAGAAGCUCAACGUUUGCUUCCACAACUACAACACGAAGACCGAAGGCCUGGCGCCCAUUCGCAACCAGUCGCACAACCAGGAGGAUGAGGAGCAACUGCAGGAUGAAGAUGUGUGGGACGCUCUAACGGACAACUACAUCUCAGCCUGGGACGGCACCAACUCUGAGGGACUCAACGGAAAUCUGUCUGAUCAGGAGAUUCAUGAAAAAGAGGAGGAGGAAAUGAAUGAGAAGAAUGACAACGCCAACUGCCUGAAUGAAGAGCCUCUCAUCACAGCAGAUCAGGUCAUUGAGGAGAUUGUUGAGAUGAUGGAGAACUCGCCGGAUCCUGGUGAAACUGAAGAGGAGGAUGAAGAGGAGAGCAGCCACUGCUCCUCCAGGACCACUCCAUCCCUGCUGGAGGAGAUCAGACAGCUGUCACAGGCCUCCAACAACAACUGCUCCUAUGAAGGUCUGAGCUUGAUGCCCAGCUCAGCCCUGGUGGAGCUGCUUCACAGGGUGGAGGCGGCUAUCCGGGACUACUCAGAAGAGCUGGUCAACCAGCUGGCCCGGCGUGACGAACUGGAGUUUGAGAAGGAGGUGAAGAACACAUUCAUCACGGCGCUGAUGGAGGUGCAGAACCGGCAGAAGGAGCAACGGGAAAACAGCAAACGCCGGCGUCGGGACAAGGCCCUGAGCCUGCAGGGAGGGGGGACACUGCCUGCCAACAUAGGGAACUCCACAGGCUCCACGGGUCACUCAGAGAAGACUGGCACCAUGCCCGUUAAGCGAUUCAGCAUGGAGGGCCUGUCUAACAUCCUGCAGACGGGAAUAAGACAGACCUUUGGAAGCACAGGAAAUGAGAAGCAGUAUCUAAACACUGUUAUCCCAUUUGAGAAGAAGGGUAUCCCUCCAUCUAUUGACGACCUGCAGAUGCUCACAAAAAUUCUUUAUGCCAUAAAGGAAGACAGUGAGAAGGUGCCCACACUGCUGACUGACUAUAUUUUAAAAGUACUGUGUCCUACCUAAAGCCCCCCCAGGCCGGGGGCCGUGGUGCGGCAGAGGAACCCCCUUCUCCUCGCCUCUGGUCCAGCUGCAUGAACCCCCCUCUCCUCCCAUCAUUGACAAGGGCCCUCCCCAUCCUCAUGGUCAUACUCAUAUCUAACCCCCCGCUGAGCCCCCCUGGUCCCAGGUUUCCUCCUCCAGGACUUCACUAACGGAGCAUGACAUCCUAGCAACGAUCACACGACAACUCUGGUGCAGGACACGGUCUUGCCACUUCCUCCUCAGUUUUAUCUUUUUAUUUAUCCCUCCGUCUGUUUCAUUUCAUCUAACAGAACCUCGGCAUUGGCGGUUCUAACUCUGAACCUCUGGAUCCUGGUUCUAGUCUGUUCAUUGUUGCAUACAGACCAUGACGUGUACUUCCCUGUACUGUUUCCAGUAAAACCAGUGAUUGUUUGAAUACAAAGCCAUGCCUUUCCUUCUGCCAACUCAGUACUGUAGCUUCAAACUCACAAUGAUUACGGGUGCAGCGCAGCAUCACCUCGCUUCUGUCUCGACAUCCAGUUCUCUUCUGACUUCUUUUGGUGCAUUUUUUGUUAGUAUCUGAAUAUUUGAUAUAAACUCGGUUACUGAUUUUCUACUUUCAUUUCCGGUCAUUAGAGUUCAGCCACCUCUACGAGUCCCAGCAAGUUUUCCUUGUACAUCUCCCUCCCCCCAUCAUUAUAAAGCUCAUUUCCAUGACGACAUGUGUAUUUACAUAUUAGUAUACUUUGACUUCCUUUGCUCAUUUAGAUGAAUGUCACAUCGCCAGAUGCAAAUUCUAAUAAACAUUCUACCCUCCA